AUGAUGAACGUCAGCAUCAGUCGACGUCGCGAGCACGUCCCUCGUCAUGGACUGUCCAUGUUGUCGAUGUACAACGAGGCACCGCGGGUCGAAGUAUCACUCGAGCAGUUUGAAGAGUUUGCGAUCGAUCGGUUGCACGUACUUAAGGCCGUCGAGAACUUCCGACUGCGUAGUGUGCAGAUGAAAGACCGCGAGGGGAGGCUGGACAAGACGCUGAACAAGCACAUGCCACUGCGUUCCGCUGGCUCUCGACGAUCAGGACAAGCAGAAGACGAUGCGGUCAAGGACAUACUGUCGCACUUUUUUCUGCGCAUGGCGUUCUGCCAAACGGAAGAGCUCCGGCGGUGGUUCUUGACGCAGGAGAGUACAUUAUUCCGGUACCGCCUCGACAAAUUGUCGAGGGACGAAAAGAUUCUGUUCAUGAAGCAGAAUGGAUUGGCUUAUGAAGAGGCGACGAUACAGGAGGUUGAAGCAAAAUUGAACAAGCUGAAGGCUGUGCGAGAUGCAAACGACCCGAAAGUCCGCGGUCAAGCCCUACCAGCGUACUUUAAAGUUCCGUUUACAGAGGCAUUGGACCUGGUUGGUACUCGACGAGUCUACAUCGAAGCUGGCACAGCUUAUGUGCCGUUUGAGCACGUCGUGUCGAUUCUGUUUGCUGCUUUUCGUGCUAAUCUGUCAAAGGAACUGUCGGGCGCUUUUCGCAAAUACAAUCGCUCGUUGAUAAGCAAGGACGGCCGCCUCGCUCCAGUGUUGACGAACUUGGCAAAGCACCACAUUGAUGCUGACUUCUCUUCGACCCCUGUCUUCGGCUCGGAGAAUGCUAUUCGACUCGAUAUGAUUGAUGCCCUUGCAUCUACAUCAAUGCCCCUCUGCAUGCGUUCACUUCACAAAGGACUCAAGCUGAACCACCAUUUGAAGUUCGCUGGACGACAGCAGUACGGGCUGUUUCUGAAGGGUAUCGGUCUUCAGCUCGAUGAUGCCAUCGCGUACUGGAAGCAAGAGUUCUGCAAGAAGAUGUCAGUGGAUGACUUUAACAAGAAGUAUGCGUACAACAUACGCCACAACUACGGUAAGGAAGGUAGACGCAAGGACUACGCGCCUUCCAACUGCAUGCGCAUCAUUACUGGCGAUCCACCAAAAACCGGCGACAUUCACGGUUGUCCGUUCCGUCAUUUUGAGCAAGAGCAUCUUCGCAAGGCGCUGCAAGGAGUGCCAGAAGGAGACAAGCGAGAGAUCAUGUCGCUGGCAGAGAAUCAUCACUACCAGAUUGCGUGCAAGAAGUACUUUGAAGCUACUCAUCCCGGCAGUGACCCCGACGUCCUCAUUAACCAUCCCAAUGGGUACUUUGAGGAGAGCCGCAAGUAUCAUGCCGCAAAAGAAAAGGGAACCACAGUCAGCGCUCAUUAA